AUGCCGUGCGGGCAUGGUAUGGCUCCUCUUGUGGCUUCGAGAGCUGACAGGCUGCGUGUGCGGGCACAGAACAAUUGCGCCAUCAAGACGUCCAUAGUCGGAACGACGGUCUUCGAUCAUGGAGGAGGACGAAAAUUGAUGCCCCUGCUCCACCCCAUCAAGGAAAGGCUGCCUUUUGGCAUUGCUUUGGAGCUGUGGGACGCAGGUGCCGAUUCUCCACCGUCGAGUGCACUGCUGAGCGGAAACUGCAGGGCGUCAGACUUGUUUGAGGUGGACUAUGUGCUGCAUGGGCAAGGCCAGCUGAUGUGCCCCAGUGGCAAUAUCAUGCCCCUCAAUGCUGGUGAUAGUGUUAUUUUGCCCUACGCCCAGGCAUGGUGUGAAGCCACAGACCAGACAGGUCAGGGCCUGGCUGCCAAGGCAGGAGCAUCCAGCCUGUUGGCCUGGCAGAUGGUCGUGCUGAGGCUCCUCCUUCCCUCCAGCCUCCUCCUGUCAGAAGAAGGCCCGCAUGACAGCGAUGGCAUCCCCACCUCUGCGGGCUUUGCUUGCGAAGAGUGGUUUGACAAUGGCAGUCGCUCGGGCACGCUGAGUCACCAGGAGGUGGCCAAUCUUUUGACGGGCAUGCAGGAGCUUGCACGCCAUGCUAAUGCAACGAAGGGACAUGACAGCUCGGUGGGUCCAAGUGGGUUUGAUCCCAGGCCGAUGGGUAAUACAUACUCAGAUGUCGACAACACCGAUCGUACACCAGGACGAGGACGAGCACCUGAUGAAGAAAGUGCCGCGGAUGAAGGGAGACAGGAUUUUAGUGUGGGUGCCUCUUCAAAGGAGCUGGAAGUUGGAAAUGUAUAUCUGAAAGGAGAACAGAAGCAUGGGCCUGGUCAUUCUCUGGCGUGGAGUUUGCCUCGAGUAUUGGAGGAUUUGGUGAGUGAGCUGACGUCCUUAUGGCCCGAACACAACAAAAACAGGGGCCCAGCGCUGUCAGAGGCUGAGGUUGUGGUAUCUCGCAAUGACAUACCGCACGUGUCCAAGAAGAGCCUAAAGGACCUGCGUGCCUUCCAACUCCCAAACCAGACCAACCGCCUCGCUCUCGUGUUUGACCCGACAGAAGAUGACGUCCCGUUCACCUUUGGCCUGGAGAUAUUUGAGCCCAGCCACCGCACCAACCCCCACACCCAUGACAACGCCCACGAGCUCUUUUUCAUACUCAGCGGGGAAGGUCAGGCGUUCUGCAAUGGGCACCACUUUGCGGUGGGCGCAGGCGACACGGUGGUCUUCCCGCCGACCACUGUGCACGGCAUUGACAACGGACCUUUCUCGAAGAUGUACUGCCUGGAGAUGAUGCUGCCGAACGAGAUGUUUGCUGAGUUCGUCAAGAGGGGCAUGCCGACAGGGGGCCUCAACAACGACGACAUGUGCACCCUGGUGGCCGUGGGCUGCAGCUCAGUGUGA